AUGAAUAAUAUUGUAAAAUAUAAGUUCUACGAAUUUUCAACAACAAUUGAAGAGAUAAGAAACGAAUUAAAUGAUGCUAAGGAAAGGUUGGGUAAAGCGAAAGAGGAUUUGAAGGAGUGGAAGAAAGAGGAGAACAAUAGAGAGUUGCUGAAAAGGUUGAGGAUAAAGGCAAUAAGUGGAGAGCUUAGUGAAGGGGAAAAGAAGGAGAGAAAAAGGUUAGAAGAGGAGUUGAAGGAGCUGAAGAAAAAUAGGGACGAGAAUUUGGAUUUUACAGAAGUAAAUGUUAAAAAUGAUGAAAAAACAUUUUCUAAAGAGAAAUGGAAUCGCAAAGUCAUUUUAUUUUUUGAUGAAUUUGAUAGAAUUUAUGAUGCACCUGAUGGAAUUAAUGAUGACUGUUUAGGUGCUAUUCGUUCCUUAAAAAAUACAAGGAAUCAUGUUAUACAUUCUGUGAUAGCUGCUAAAGAGGUAACACAUCUAUAUCAGAAUUAUUCAUCUUCAAGGAAGAUAAAUAUUGAUACAUCAAUCAUUAGUGAUAUCUACAAUAAAACAAAUGGCUAUGCUGGAUUUGUUUGUUUGUGUGGUCGUGCAAUUGAUGAAGAUUUGAUUUGUGGUAUUGAUGAAACUAGAAGCUUACAUCUGGAUUCUUGGAUUAUUUAUUGUUCAAAUGAAUUACAGAAUAGAAUUAUUCAAUAUCUAACAUUCACAAAGAUGAUUUCAACAUUAAAAAAGUCAAAAGCUUCUAUGGACUUGCUUCAAUCUCAAUUUAUGUUUGAUUUGGAGUUUCAUAAUGUCACCCUAAGUGACAUUAACUUUGCUAAUUUUCUUGCUGCUGAAGGGGCCCUACAUCCAUAUGAAAAAUAUUCAGCUAAAUUUAAGAUUUCUUCACCUUUAAUAUGUACAUUGAUAUUACAAUGUGUGAUUCCUUCUGUAUACUCAGAUCGUCUUAAAGUUGAUUUACCUUAUCAAGAUGAGAUUUUUGUUACUAUUAAUGCUCUAAAAGAAGUUGUUAGGGUAUUUGAUCAAGGUGUGAUUUCUUUGGGAUUUCAACAAUCAUUUAAAACAGCCAAGAAUUAUGUUAAUGAUAAAAAGAAUCAGCAUGUACUUUGGGAAAGUGUAUAUGAUCAAGAAUUUUUUCGAAUUUUUUCUAACUGGCUCAUUCCAAAUGGUUUUUCAAUAAGUGGACAAUGGCAUUUAAUAGAGGAAUAUGCAGAAAAGCUUAAAGCAAAUGAAGCAUGGGUAGUUCAUUUUACAUGUGCAGACAAUGUUAUUGAAAAACCUAUUUGGCCAAUUGAACAGGAACAAAAAGAUAAGCUUUAUAUAGUACAUUUUUGGCAUGAUAUAUCUUUCAAGAGUGUUCAAAUGACUGCCCGUUUUCUAAAUGGAGAAAUUAUUAAUGAAAUUGUAAUUAGUUAA